GCAACGCGGCUGCAGUUUUCAAACCUCAACUGUAAGCUCCGCUCACGUCUGCUGCGGCCGCCGGGAGCCACCUCACAAGGAGCCGGGUCACAGCUGUUGGCCUUUGAGCGGAAGAAUAAAAGUGGGUCCUACCACGCUCGGAGCUACCCGGGGCCCCACCCGGCUAGAGCUGGAGAACCAGUCCUAUCGUGGCCACCGGCGUGGGGCGGGACGGGAGCCCCCUUGGAGGGGCCAACUCCGCAAGAACUUGCUGCGGCCGGAGCGGUAAAAAUAAGUGACAAAAGAAGCAUAUCUGGAAGUCAUCUAACAUGUCGAGGAGAAGAUUUGAUUGCCGAACUAUUUCAGGCUUGCUAACUACAACUCCUCAAACUCCAAUAAAAAUGGAAAACUUUAAUAAUUUUUAUACACUGACAUCUAACGAGCUAGGAAGAGGAAAAUUUGCUGUGGUUAGACAGUGUAUAUCAAAAUCUACUGGCCAAGAAUAUGCUGCAAAAUUUCUAAAAAAGAGAAGAAGAGGACAGGACUGUCGGGCAGAGAUUAUGCAUGAGAUUGCUGUACUUGAAUUGGCAAAGUCCUGUCCCCAUGUGAUUAAUCUUCAUGAAGUCUAUGAAAAUACUAGUGAAAUCAUUUUGGUAUUGGAAUAUGCUGCAGGUGGAGAAAUUUUCAACUUGUGUUUACCUGAGCUGGCUGAAAUGGUCUCUGAAAGUGACAUUAUCAGACUCAUUAAACAAAUACUUGAAGGAGUUUAUUAUCUACAUCAGAAUAACAUUGUACACCUUGAUUUAAAGCCACAGAAUAUAUUAUUGAGCAGCAUAUACCCUCUUGGGGACAUAAAAAUUGUAGAUUUUGGAAUGUCUCGAAAAAUAGGAAAUGCAUGUGAACUUCGGGAAAUCAUGGGAACACCAGAAUACUUAGCUCCAGAAAUCCUGAAUUAUGAUCCUAUCACCACAGCAACCGAUAUGUGGAAUAUUGGUGUAAUAGCCUAUAUGUUGGUAACGCACACAUCCCCAUUUGUGGGAGAAGAUAAUCAAGAAACAUACCUCAAUAUUUCCCAAGUUAAUGUAGAUUAUUCAGAAGAAUCUUUUUCAUCAGUUUCACAGCUGGCCACAGAUUUUAUCCAGAGUCUUUUAGUAAAAAAUCCAGAGAAAAGACCAACAGCAGAAAGCUGCCUUUCUCAUUCUUGGCUACAGCAAUGGGACUUUGGAAAUUUGUUUCACCCUGAAGAAACUUCCAGUUUCUCUCAAAGUCAGGAUCACACAACAAGGUCCUCAGAAGACAAGACUUCAAAAUCCUCUUGUAAUGGCACCUGUAGCAAUCGAGAAGACAAAGAGAACAUCCCCGAGGACAGCAGUAUGGUUUCCAAAAGAUGUCGCUUUGAUGACUCGUUGCCCAAUCCCCAUGAACUUGUUUCAGAUUUGCUCUGUUAGCACUUUUCUCUUUGACUCACUUGGACUGAAUUUGAAAUUUGAAAUUCACUUGAGUGUGUGAUAUGGUUUGUAGCAUCAUAUAUGGCUUGUUUAUAUUGUAAAUGCACUUUGACAUAGAAAAGUGUAGGGAUUGUUUUAAUGUUAAAUUACUAGUUACUAGCAUAAUUUCAUUUCCUACCCUGAGGUACCAACUAUGCAAAGAAGAAAAUAUUUAAAUAUAUGACCAAAAGUAAAAGUGCAUGUGAGUUUACAUGUUAUUGGAAGAAUUCAGGUUCAGAUGGGUUUAUUAAAAUGUUUUGUGUGUCAGGAAAAAAGUGAUUUGAGUUAUAUUAUGGCUGAUGUAAACAGAACAAAACUGAAGACAUUUGAAUUUAAUAGGUUUUCUAAGGUAAGUCCUAUACCAUGCCUCUAUUGAGAAAAAAUGUUUAGGGUAACACUGUCAAGCAAGAAUAUGUACAAUUUUAUAGAUGUUCAAGAGCUGUUUUACAUUUGAAAAUGUUUUUUGAUCACGAGUAUUUUGAAAUGACAUAAAAUUUCUAUUAUAUAUGAUCUGCUGUGGGAUAGAUUCUUUAAGCAGAGUGGGGGACUUAGAAACCUGAAUGGGAUAUUCUGUACAAGUUAGAGGAGAGAAAAGAGUGGCAUGGCAUUUUUUAAUUCGAACAUGUUUGGCCCACUGUCAGUAUUCUUCAGAUGUGAUAAGGUCUGGUGGAUGGAAAACAUAGGGUAUGCAAGUGUAUUUUCAUCCCCUAGAGCUUCUAGAGUAGAACACUUAGGUAAAACCAAAUGUGCUCCAUAUUCAGUCAGCCACACAUAUUUGUUGUGUGUAGAAGAAAAUGCUGACAGACUUAGGCAACUUACAGAAUUUCAGAUGUCUUCUUAGUCUUGAAAUACAAGCCAGUCAUUCAGAGUUCUAAAAGUAUGCAUUAAAAAAUCCUCACAGUGCAGUAGAACUAAACAGUAUCAGAGUCAGCACAAUACCUGUGAUCAUAAAACGUGAUGACGUCAAGCUCUUCUAAAGUUCUUCUGUAAAAUUUCCAGUGACAUGAGGCUCAGCACACGGCUCUCUGCAGAGUGGCCUGUAAUGGCCUUUUGCUGGGACCAGUGCAGGUGAGAGUUUGCAGACAGCAGAAUGUUUGAUCAGUGGCCGGUGACUAUGUUCAGUCCUAAAAUGAGGAGUUACUCCUUUUGGGGUAAUCUUUGGUCAGACUUCCCACCUGGUGGCUAUUAAAAAGUCUGUUGUCAUGUUAACAUAAUUGUAAUGUCAUAACCAUGUUACUGUAGCAAAAGAAAUUGUUUUAGACUCAAAAAUCCUUGAGUUUCCCCCCUUUGGAUUAUAUAUUACUUUAAAACCUUUAAUUUGUUGAAAUUUGGAAGACUCCACAUAACUUAAAACUGCACUUUAUCUGGUUAAAUGGUCAGUCCCUUUUACAUCUCCAGCAUUUUUUGAAGGAAAGUUAUUUCUGUUUGUGUAUGUGCGUAUGUGUAUAUUAUAGGUCUGUGUAUAUAUGUGUAGAUAGAUAAAAUAUAGCCUAUAGACAACGUUCUCUUAGACAUUCUUCCCUCUAUAUUGUGCUCAACUCAGGUGCCAAAGUAGCUCUUGUCUUAUGACAUAUGAAUAUACAUUUAAAUUCUUUAAGUUGUAGCUUGUUGGGUCAGUAAACAAACUAAAUCAGGCUUGUGUAUAUGUAAAACUGAUGAGUGUUUUCUAAAUUGUUGAUUGUCCAUUUAUUUGCCUUCAGUAUUAAACUAAUGCAGGUAAAGCUUCGUAAGUCUUUGGAGAAAGAGGAAAUGAUUACUUUUACAAAAGACUGUUAUAUAUUUAAAUUUCUAGAGGAGUUGUGAUAUACUAAAAAAAUCAAGAAAUAUUGGAAUUUUGAAUUAUAAGCUAGUUCUUAAAAAAUGUUUUAUACUGGCUUUCUUAGGAAUCUUAAAAUAGUUAUAUACUUCCAUUAGUUAAUAGAAUACACAGAGUUGUGAGUUUCCAGACCUUUUCUCUUAACAAUUUUUAUUGUAAAAAUGCAUCUAGUGGAUGUACAAGCAGUAUAAAAGUUCAUUUUUUUCAUAAGGAAGAGUUUAAAUAUUUUCACUGAUUAAAAUGUGAAAAUAAAGUAUAUUAAUCUUUAGAGAGAACUUAUUAACAAAUGACUCAAGUCUUACUCUUUUUCUCCUAGGAUUGAAAGCAAAUGUCUAUCAAAAGCAGAUGAUGUAUCUGUAUUUCACUAAAGCAGGAACCUAGAGAGCCCCUCUGAAGUGAAUGUAUGUGUGUAACAUUUAAACACAUCUGAAGAUUAAUGUUAAAUUCUGAUGAAUUUAUAAAUUUUAAUUUGCUUUUUGGAUAGAAUCCCUAGAGAGAUGAGAUUGAAAAAUAGAACUGUAGAUGACAAUUAUAACUGUCAUUUUAAUUUUUCCCCCCACAUAAAGUUAAUCUAACUCUGAGUAGUAAAAUUAUAAUGGUACUUUAAAGAAGUCAAGCAGUUCCUUUUCUUCAUUUGUAAUGAGAUAAGGUGCCUGUGCCGUAAUAUAAAUCAACACAUUGCUUUCUUUAUCAAGAAAGUCUUGAUAUAAAAAAUAAAGUCAGCUGAUUUAAUGAUAUAAUUGAUUUUCAUCCAGCACAAACUCUCUCUUUCAUUUUAGAUUGGUUGCAAAUAGUUCAUGGGCCAUACUUUGAAUAGCCUCGCUCUAAGCAACUUUUAUAAGUGUUGGUAUUUUAUAACUGUUUACGUAUCUUCUGUUUAUUUUUAAAUUUUCAGUUGGAUAUCUUAGGAACUUCCUUAUUCACUGUUGUGUAAACAAUUAUACCUUAAUUUCAACUUGUAUUAAAAUUAAGUUAUUGAACUUCCAGUUUGGGAAAUUAUAAGCUUAUAAUUUGAUAAAAGUUUAAAACUUUAUACUCUUUCAUUGUAAAUUUCACACGAAUUACAACUGCCCUCCAUCUUAGCUUUCAUUGUAUAAUCAUGUUGCUUAAGGCAUAUCAAAUGACAUUGUUAUAAAUCCUUCAGUAAAAAACAAAAGAACAAAAAAACUGUUACAUCAACUUAGUGAUCCUUUUGGUUCAAAAUUAUAAUGCACUGUUUACGGUUGUCUUUUUUUUUUUCAAGUAUUUCUAAGUGUGUUAUUAAAAGCAAACCUUCUUGCUUGGAGGUUCUAGCCUUUGAUCCACAUCAUCUUUGUACUUCCUUUCCAAUACGGAUACGUUUUUAGAUCUUGUCUGUUGGAAAA